GUGACGCUUGGAUUCUAGCUUUUCCUGGCAAGACAGUCUGUCCGGUCUCCAACUACGGAUCCCUGGAUCCUUUAAGCGGCUUGCACCUCGAAUAUUCGCAGCUAGCCAUGGACCCCAAGUGGCAGCAUGUCCUGACACUUUUUUACCACACUGCAUGGAGAGGUGAAGAAGGGUUCAAGGAAGGGAGGAGAUUGGAUUCGCCAGAAGAGCACAUAAGCAGGCACCGGAACCACUGAGCUAAAUCCCCGGCCAAAGCAAAGAAUCUUUUGCCGGGGGAGUAGGGGGCUGCUGGAGAUGGAACCCAGGGCCUUGUGCAUGUAAAAGAGCACUGAGCUACAUUCUUAGACUCAAGCAAAAGAACUUCACCAGCACUGGACAAGAAGCCCUGAAGGCAGCAUGUGGCUCUGUGCAGGGCACCCAGUGCCAAAGUGGCCAGGGGUGACUGCACCCUGCCUAGCAUGGCUGUUCCCCUCCCCCUGCCACCGCCAGGCCCCCAGUUUGUUCUGCGAGGCACACAGUCAGCAGUGAAUGCACUGCAUUUCGGCGGAGGAGCCCAGGCCCAGGGGCGCCAACUUCUCUUCUCAGGGUCUCAGAGUGGUCUUGUUCAUAUCUGGAGCCUGCAAACACGGAGAACAGUUGCAACCCUGGAUGGCCAUGGGGGCCAAAGUGUAACUUGGCUGCAGAUGCUACCCCAGAGCCACCAGCUUCUCAGUCAGGGCCGAGACCUGCGACUGUGCCUAUGGGACCUGGCAGAGGGCCGGAAUGCCAUUGUGGACUCUGUGUGCCUGGAGAGUGUGGCCUUCUGCAGGAGCUCUGUUCUGGCCGAGGGGCAGGCACGCUGGCUGCUUGCACUGCCAGGGAAGGGCAGUGAUGAGGUGAGGACCAGCACUACUGAUGCCCUUCAUUCCCCGAACCAUCAGGUUCAGAUUCUGGAGAUGCCAUCCAAAACGUCAGUGUGCACCCUGAAGCCGGAGGCAGAUGCCAAGCCAGGCAUGCCCAUGUGCCUGGGGCUGUGGCAGGCAGAGUCCAGUCCCCGCCCCCUCCUUCUGGCUGGCUAUGAGGACGGAUCAGUGGCCCUGUGGGAUGUCUGGGAGCGGAAGGUGUGCAGCCGUGUCUCCUGCCACGAGGAGCCCGUCAUGGGCCUUGACUUUGACUCUCAGAAGGCCCGGGGCGUCUCCGGCUCUGCGGGGAAGGCGCUGGCUGUCUGGAGCCUGAAUGGGCAGCAGGCCCUGCAGGUGUGCAGCACUCACCAACUCACCAAUCCUGGAAUUUCUGACAUCACAGUCCGGCCAGACCGCAAGAUCCUGGCCACCGCAGGCUGGGACCAUCGCAUCCGUGUGUUUCACUGGCGGACGAUGAAGCCACUGGCUGUGCUGGCUUUUCACAGUGCUUCUGUCCACUGUGUGGCCUUUGCCACCAAUGGCUUGCUGGCUGCUGGAUCCAAGGAUCAGCGCAUCAGCAUCUGGUCACUGUAUCAACGCACGUGACUCAGCCAUUCCAUUCUCUAGAGACUCAGAAGACAAGAAGUAGGCAUCUUACUCCAGCCUUGGCCCAGUCAAGUGGACACUGACCAUCAAGGGCCCCUAAGGACCAGCAGGUGUGGCCCAAGGACCAUAGAGUCCUCACUUUUCAUGAGGCUCACUAUUCCUUUUGUGAACUCGGGCGUCCAUAUGACAGUGACCCUGGCAACCAGCCAGACACCUGGGACCUGUGGCCUAUUGGGAGGUCUGGCUUGGGCCUGACAGUGCUGCCAACUUGAGGAUAUUGUGUAAUAAAUUUUCUGUUGCAAACCUC